AUGAGCGACACGGCUUCUGGUGCCCUUCAGCCAAAGAACCCCUUCCAGCAUUUGGAGUCAAUUGAAUCGGGUCCUCCUGUCCCAUUGGAAGGAACAAUAUCUUCAUCGUCAAUGGAACCGGCUGCUCGCCAAGCUCUCGACUGUUCACCAUGGAAGAAAAAUGCCAUGAUCUUAAUGAUCUCAUUUCAUUCCAUGAUUUCUGUGUUCAUGGCAGCAGGAAUUGUGCCAGCAGCUUCUUCAAUGGCAAAUUCUUAUGGCGUGUCCGUUGCUGACGCAAGCUACCUGGUGUCCGCUCAAAUCAUACUCCUUGGAAUAGCACCGAUCUUGUGGAUUGUCAUCAUGGAAAGAUAUGACCGCCAUUAUGUCCUUGUAUUUUCGGUCCUUGCGAGUAUGGUGUGCAAUAUCGGAGGCGCCCGGUGCGAGACUUACGGUAGCCAGAUGGUCACUCGUGUUUUGACAGCAGCUUUCAUAUCUCCACCCAUUGGAAUGGGCAGUGGAGUGAUAGCGAAAUUAUCUACUCCGGAUGAAUAUGCCCAGAAGGUAGGAUGGUGGGUUUUGAUGACUAUCCUCGGUACCCCGGCAGGUCCCUUUAUUAUGGGGUUCGUGGUGCAGCACUCUCGAGUGGAGUUCAUAUUUUGGAUAUAUGCCAUCAUCAAUCUCUUGCAAGCGUUGGCUUAUAUCUAUCUCGGUGGGGAGACGCUUCGUGUCACAGUAUUCGAGAAUAAUGCAGCAGAGGAAAAGAUCUCGAUUUUCCGAACGUUUGCGAAUAGGCUACUGCCCAAACGAUUUGAUACGCGUCCGAUGAGGAUAUCGGACUUUGUGUCUCCAUUUCGCAUAGCCAAAAACCCUCGGAUCUUGAUAGCAGCGCUAGCUACUGCUAUCACCUUCUGCUAUGCAAAUAUCGUCUUCGUGGUCGAGAUGCCCCUCACCUUUGGGGAGAAAUUUCAUCUGAAUGCUCAACAAACCGGUCUCCAAUUCAUUCCCAUCAUAAUCGGGUGUGUGAUUGGAGAGCAGAUUGGUGGUCCAAUGUCCGACUACUUCAUGAAGAUUUAUCGAAAGCGCAAAGGCCGAGUCUGUCCAGCCGACCGCCUCUGGCUGACUUAUAUUGGCUUCCUCACUAUCAUUGCUGGGCAGCUCGUCUGGGGAUUUCAACUUGAGAAAGCGAAAAACUGGAAUGUAACUCCUUGUGUGGGAAUUGCCAUUGCCAGUUUCGGCAAUCAGAUUCAGUCUACCAUCCUCACUGCAUAUGCCAUCGAUACUUCGCCCGGGGACUCUGCCUCAAUCGGAGUGCUGUUUAACGUUAUCAGGCUACUUUAUGGUUUUGCCGGCCCUUUCUAUUUCCCACACAUGUUUGAUACUUUAGGUUUCACUGGUACGGCCGGGGUUAUGAGUGGAAUUGUGGUUGUAUGUGGAAUCAUCCCAACAUUGAUUAUCCAGGUUACCAGUCCACGGGAAUGA